UCUACAAGCCUUGGGUACUCCCAGCCCGACUGCCCGCCGGUUCUGUCUCUGCCGAGUCCCCUACGUCCCUCUGACCGACAUGCCGUUCCUUGAGCUGGACACGAAUUUGCCGGCUGAUCGCUUGCCGGCGGGGUUGGAGAAGAGGCUCUGCGCAGCGGCCGCCGCCAUCCUGGGCAAACCCGAGAACCGCGUGAACGUGACAGUGCGGCCCGGCCUACCCAUGGCGGUGAGCGGUUCCACCGAGCCUUGCGCGCAGCUGUUAGUCUCCUCCAUCGGUGUGGUGGGCACGGCUGAGCAGAACCGAGCCCACAGCGCCAGCUUCUUCGAGUUCCUCACCAAGGAGCUGGCCCUGGGCCAGGACCGGAUAAAUAUCCGCUUUUUCCCUCUGGAGCCCUGGCAGAUUGGCAAGAACGGGACGGUCAUGACGUUUUUAUGAUUGGCAUGGAGGGCAUCUGGGGCGUCUGUCAACUGGUCGCCCCUUCCAGAGAGGCCUCCCGGCAGAAUGAGGGCCUGACGGACACCAGCUUCGGGCGCCCCUUUAAGCAGACAUGCCUGUGACCCCACAGUGUAUGCCAAAAAAUAAAGGAAAAGUGCUUCGUUGUUCUAACA